AUUCAAAACGUUUACGUAGGCGAAUUACUUCAGACAUGAAACCAACAUAAACGCACAAUCAUAUUGUGUUGGCAAAUGAAAACUGAUAACCUGCCCAUGGACGCCAGCGCUUGCUCCAAGGUCGGCUGAGAGAGUGUUUAAAAACGCGGUGUCGAACAUCUAAAAUUUAAUAAUAUUGUCUAACGACAUUUUCGCAUUCACGGACAGUUCGAAAACGCCAGGACUGUUCGGGCUUAUCCCGGACGUAUGGUUCUGUGUUGAAUCUCGCAAAGCAAUCGAACAUUAUUUUUGCUCAAUAGCACCUGUUCGAGCGCAGUAGCAGAAGAUAAGAAAGAAGUUCCCAGAAAUCUUUACGGAGCUAGAACCUGAUUCACAUUUUUCUCUACAAAUGCUUAAAAAAAUCCAACUAUAACUUCUAUUAUUUAUUUUAUUUGAUAAGCGCAAACUGGAUACCCAAUUACGUGCAUUCUUAAUUACAAUGUCUUAAGUUAUGCGCACCAUAAUAACCAUUAUAUAUAACGCUAAAAUUUGUGUAGUUCGUAAAUAAGAGUCUAGUAUAGAGAUACAGUUCAAGAUGAUUGAACAAAUUUAAUAGCAAACAGUUUGUUAGCAUACAAAGGUAUCAAAGUGCAGCGCUGAUCAGGCUGACGCAGUACCACUGUAUCGAGAGUCGUAUGUUAGUUUCGUGGAGUAUGUGACUUUCGUAGUUUCAUAAUGUGUGAGUGUGUGUGACAGCCUGACAGGGGUAUUGUUUCAAAAUUUAAGUCAUUAAAGCUUCCUUUUAAAAACGCGGUGUACAGUGAAAUCGUUUUUUUUUGGAAAAUUGAGGAGUUUGUUUACGUAUAGAAUAACGAAAACGGAUAGUUAAACUUCAUGGUGCAUUUUUGAGAACUUCUGCUGUGGAUAAUUUAUCACGUUGACAUAUGCAAUGGAAGUGAAAGAACUGUUUCGUGAGAGCAGAUAUCCUUCAGGUUUGUCAGCGUUACUUCUAUCCAUCUAUUCGCCGUUUGGAUUGCUGCUGGCAGUGCUCAGAUUUUUGUUUGGACUGCAGCUAAUCCUUACGAGUAGACUGCUGCCACAGCUGUCUAUCGCCAAAAGCAAAGCCUUCCAUAUUGUCUGCCCUUUGCUUGGUCUCCUAGUAUCACAUGAGAACAAGGAAGCCAAAGAUACCACCUGCCGGGUAUUUGCGGCCAAUCAUGUCACUCGCUGGGAUGCUCUCAUCUUCCAUAUCACUUUAGGUUGCCUAACGAAACCAAAAGACUGGGGUCUUCCCUUAUGGGUAAAUGACCUUCUUGGCAUUAAGGAUGACUUGGUGGAUGAAAGGCACCAGGAUUCAGACUCUAGCUCUGGUGCUGUCCUCCUCCUCCCAGAGGGAACCACUACUAGUGGAACUAAAGGAUUGCUAAAAUUUGCUCCAUGUGAAUUCAGUGCUGUGCAGCCAGUCGCUGUGAAAAUCAAGCGGCCAGCAUUUGCAGAUGUGGCACCCACAUUGCUGUCAUCUUCCACGUGGGCAGAUCUCUUCUGGUUUCUCUUUACGCCUUACACAAUGUAUACACUCAUAUUUCUUCCUGUGAUGAGGCGUGAAGAGGAUGAGGACGACUCUGCCUUUGCCAAGCGCUUGCAGACAGAAAUUGCAGCUGCACUAGGUCUUUCAGCCACAACUUACACUGCAGCAGAUAAGGCAGAGUGGGCAAAGCGACGAGCUGCAGAACUGCGUCGACAAGCGGCUGCGGCCAGAAGAGCUUUGGCUCAGGGAACGAGCAGUGACCUUCAAAGGAUGGUAAGGCAGGUUGCGGAGGUUCUGCCCCGUGUGCCACAUGAUGCCAUCCUGCGAGAUCUCAUGAGGACACGCAGUGUUGACAUUACAAUUUCUAAUAUUCUUGAGGGCCAAGUGAGGUAUGAUCCUUUGCCCGAGAGUGUGUCACCUGUGUCAUCUACACGUAUUACAAGUAUUCCCAGUGGAGCGUCACAGAGCACCAGCUCAGAAAGCUGCCCGCCAUGCUUCCCAAAAUCUGCUCAGGAGCGUAUGCAGUCAUUUCAUGAACGUAAAGCACGCCUUAUAGAAAAUGCUCGUCAGAAGUACAUAGAAAAACAUGGUUUGAAAAUGGGACUUAACUGUUAAAGAGACUUAAAUGGCCAGUUCAGUUAUCUACCAAAUGGUGACAGAAAAUGUUGUUCUGUGGACAUAAAAUCAGUGUCUUAUGAAAAUCCUGGUCAUAUGAGACUGACUUUUUUAUGUAGUGUGUUGUACAGCCACUUGUAAAUAUUGUAUGAAAGUCAUGUACCUCUUUAGUGUUAAAUGGCAAUUGCUGCUAUUUUGGGAUCUCUUGGAAGACAAUACUGAAAAUUGAUUGAAUGAAAUUACACUGCUUGCAGUCUUCUUGAAUGGAUGUGAAGAAUGCUAAUGGGGUAUAAAAAUUGUACUUAGAUCACCCUGCAUCAUCAUCAUAAGCAUAUAACAGAAAGAAAAAUAAUACAUAUUGAAUGGAAAAUUAAUUUUAAACUUUAAUCAUGGAUUUCUUGUCUUAAGCUAAUGCACAACUGAUUUUGUACUGAUGCCGGAAGUAAUUAUGCAUUUUUCAGAUAUUAUUGAUUUAUUACUUGUACUUCUGUAAAACAGAAUAAAGUGUGUAGAACAUUUUUCUUACAAUGUAAGAAAUAUAAUACAGUAUCUAAUUUUGGUUGCAGACAUCAACACUACUGUAGUAUUGCUAAGCAUAACAAGGGACCGAGUACAUGUAUGAAAUUGGGCAGUUAAAUGAUAGUUGCUAAUGUUACAGUUUUAUCAAGAGAUAAUGUCCAUGCAUUGAAUAGUGUGACCUUCAGAGCAUGACUUUUCAGAUGCUGAAAUUUUUUUUUUAAAUCACUGAUAGUAAAUUGAUGUUGGUUGAGCUUGACAAUUAAAUCAGAUAAUGGAGGUUAUUCAUGUUUUUACAAAAUUUACUGUUUAGUGUCAGUGCAAAUAAGAAAUAUGCACAGAAAAGUACCUUCUGCCAUAAUACAAAAUAAAUUCUCUUUAAAUAAAAAGCUAUACGCAGUUUCAAAGCUUA